AUGUCGCCGUGCACAACCCCUCUGCGUGCGCCGGCCCUUCUCGCGCCGCCGCCGCCUCGCCCGCCAGCGCCCGCAAAGCAACCCCCCCAACCCCGGGAAACCCCACUGUCGCCCCCUCCGCCACGAUGGACCAGCGAGCUGCCCGCGCGCGUCGGCAAGUGCCUCGCCUUCGGCUGCAACGCCCAGCAAGUCUCGCAGGCGGCCGCCGUCCUGCGCGUCAUAGCGACCGAGUGGAGGGAUUUACUAGCCAGCAGCGAGGGCUUUCUGACGGGCGGCCGGCGUGGGCUGGAGGCCAGAGAGAUCGCCUGGGGCGAGAUGGACACCUUCGCGCACGUUAACAAUGUCAACUACUAUCGCUUCGCCGAGUCGGCGCGGGUGAACUGGAUCACCAACUUCGCCGUACACGUCGACCCGGCGCACCACAAGCAGUGGCGCGAGCUGAUGACGCCCAUCUCGACGGGGUUGAUCAUGCGCAGUCUCAAGGCGGACUUCAAGUUUACAUACAGCCGAUGGUGUACCCCGAUCGGAUCUCCGUCUACCACAAGCUGCGGACCCGGCCCGAGGGGGAGCCGAGCGCCGAGCUCCUUCUACCUCGACUGCGUGGUGCUGUCGCACCGCCAUAGGCGUGUCGCUUGCCGGCUGGAGGAGGAUAUCGUCGUCUACGACUACAAAAUGGCCGGCAAGACGAGCAUGCCCGGGUUUAUGCUGGAGAGGUUUCAGGAGACUUGGGAGCUGCAGGAGCAGGCCAUGCUGCAGGCGAGGUCGCGGAUAUUUGGGCUGUACACGGCCGUGGAUCGGCUGGAGAGCGAGACUUGGAAUAGACCAGACGCGGUCGAGGAUAUGGGGGGUUCAAAGGGGAGUCAAUGA